AUGAAAUCGACAAGAUGUGUUAUAGGAAAACCAUCGUUAUUCUCCAGAUCUAUAGCAAACAAAAUUGGAGGAAGAUAUACAGUAACUCUAAUCCCAGGAGAUGGAAUAGGAAAAGAAAUCUCGGAAUCUGUCAAAACUAUUUUUAAAUCCCAAAGAGUUCCAAUUGAUUUUGAGCAAAUUGAUGUUACAGGAAAAAUUAAACCUGAUGGAGAAAAUGAUUUAUUUAAACAGAGUAUCGAAUCUCUUAAAAGAAAUAAAAUUGGUCUAAAAGGAAUUUUAUAUACGCCUUUGGAAUGUAGUGAUCAUUCGAGUUUUAAUGUUUCACUUAGGAAAAUAAUAUUGUUAGCAAAUUUAACGUUAAUUAAAAACAUACCGGGAUGUCAAACAUCUCAUAAUAAUGUAGAUUUUGUUAUUAUUCGCGAAAAUACAGAAGGGGAAUAUUCUGGUUUAGAACAUCAAUCAGUACCAGGUGUUGUUGAAUCGCUUAAAAUAAUUACACGUACAAAAUCUGAAAGAAUAUCUCGGUUUGCAUUUGAUUUUGCCUUAAAAAAUAAUCGAAAAAAAGUUACUGUUGUUCAUAAAGCUAAUAUUAUGAAAUUGGGAGAUGGAUUAUUUCGCAAAACUUUUUUCGAAAUUGCAAAAGACUAUCCACAAAUCGAGGCUACAGAUUUAAUUGUUGACAACGCAAGCAUGCAAGCUGUUAGUAAUCCUCAACAAUUCGAUGUUCUUGUAACCCCCAAUUUGUAUGGAAGUAUUCUAAGCAAUAUUGGUGCUGCUUUAGUAGGCGGUCCUGGUUUAAUUCCUUCUGCAAAUUAUGGUGAAGAAUAUGCUUUAUUUGAACCAGGUUGUCGCCACGUUGGUUUAGAUAUUGCAGGCAAAGAUAGAGCUAAUCCAACUGCAUUAAUUUUAUCAUCAACUAUGCUUUUACGUCAUCUUUCUUUAGACGAUUAUGCCUCUGCAAUAGAACGUGCUGUUUAUGAUGUUAUUUUAGAAGGGACUGUUAGAACUCCUGAUAUGAAAGGAACUUCAUCUACAACAGCCUUUACAAAUGCUAUUCUUGAUCGAUUAAAUCAAUCUACUUCAUAA